UGAAACGCCACGAAGCCUUCUCCCCUCUUCUUUCCCUAAAAACAAAGAGAUCCUCUACCAUAUUCCAAUCUCCUUUUCUCGAUGUUACUCUCACGACCACAUAAUCGCACACACAAAAGCAAUCUCAUGUGUUUAACGCUUCUGAUUUAGCUUCAAUCUCUUUGAAAACUCUCACACAAAUCCUCCUUGAUCCGUAAUGGUGGAUCAUUACCAAGUCCUAGGCGUUAACAGAAACGCGACGAAGCAAGAGGUCAAAGAAGCGUUCCGGAGAUUAGCCGUGAAGUAUCAUCCCGACAAGCACACACAGUCUCCUGAUCACGUUCGGUUAAACGCCACCGUGCGGUUUAAGCUUGUCUCCGAAGCGUACGAUGUAUUGAAUGACGAUCGCAAACGCGCGUCUUAUAACGCUGUAAAUGAUUCCGAUUGCUUUCGCCGUACAGGCGGUUCGUAUAGCAAUCCGUACGGAAACCGCAGUUCUGGUUACGGUAAUGGUUCUGGUUAUGGUUAUGGUUACUCUGCGAGGAGUCGUCAAGGGUCUAGUUUCAGUAGCGGGUUUGAGUCGACGUUUAGGUACUUGACUACACGCGCGUUUCUACUUAACCUCGCGUUAGCUGGUGGUAUGGUCUUUGCCUUUAGUGCUAUUGAUACAAGCGGAGAAACAUUAUGGAAAAUGCGCAACUCCGGGAAAUCAUUUGAAGAAGCAAUGGAUUCACUUGAGAAAACAAAGGUACAUAAGGAUGAAGGGUGAAAGUAAGGAUCCAGAGUGCAUGACGGCAAGCAAAGAUGAGAUGUUGUAAUAAAAACAAAUAAAACUUUUGGCGUUUGUAUCAGUAAUGGAGACAAAUAAUUGUAGUGGUGGGUAAC